AUGGAAAGUCCUGAUAACAGUUGUGGUGAAUUAUCUGAUUAUAGUGACACUGCUGAUUUUAUUGGAGAAAGUGAUGAUGAAAGACCAGUUAAUGUGCAUAAACACGUUAAGGGGAUAUUGUUCAAGUAUGGUGAUCAUGGUGAGAUUAAAUUUGUGAUGGAUCAUUUGUUUGAUGACAUUAAGCAUUUUAGGACUGUGUUAAAGGACUUUGCAGUUCAAAAGGGUUUUAAAUUGGUGAUGGUGAAGAAUGAGAGGACUAGAGUAACUAGUAAUUGUGGGAACCCAGGUUGUGAAUGGAGAAUCCAUGCAUCUCUACAAGUAGAUAACAGCACCUUUAAGGUUACUUCACUUGGUCCAGAACACACUUGCAUUAGAACCACUAAGAACAAGGUGGUUACUUCUACAUACAUAGCAAACAAACUUGAAAAGGCAUUCAGACAUCAACCUGACAUCAAUUUAGAUAAGUUGGAACAAGAAGUAAAAGAUCAAUUUAAGGUGGAAGUGAGUGAGAAAUGCUUGAGGAGAGCUAAAAAUAAAGCUUUACAAAGUAGUGAUGGAACCCAUUCAGCUUCGUAUUCUAAACAGUGGCAAUAUGCAGCUAAGAUUCAGAAAACAAAUCCUGAGAGUUUGGUGUUUAUAAAACAUUCACAAAAUGAUGAACCAAGGUUUUUUAGGAUGUUUAUAUCAUUUGCAUCAGUGUUAAAUGGCUUCAGGGAUGGCUGCAGACCAUUUAUUGGUCUAGAUGGUUGUUUUUUGAAAGGCCCCUUUGGUGGUAUUUUAAUUACUGCAGUAGGGCUUGAUGGGAAUAAUGGGUUAUACCCAUUUGCAUAUGCAGUAGUGGAGUCUGAAAGAAAAUAA